GCCCGCCGGGGCGGCGGGCCGCGCCGCGCCGGCCGGGAAUGGGCAGCGUUAGCGCUCGCGGGAGGCCUCGGGAAGCCGCGGCGGGUUGAGGAAGCGCUCUGCGGCCGGCAGCGGGCCGCGCCGCCUCGCUAGCGAGCCGCUGGGGCAGCGGGCCGCCAUGCGGCGCGGCUUCUGGGAGCUGUGGGCCGUGCUGGGCUGCGGGCUGGCGCUGCUGGCGCGGGCGCAGCGGGCGCCGGGCGGCGGCGGCGAGCCCUGGCGCCAGCUGAUCCAGUGGGAGAACAACGGCCGGGUCUACAGCCUGCUCAACACGGGCUCCGAGUACGUGCCCGCCGGCCACGAGGGGCCCGAGCGCAGCCCCCGCGUGCUGCUGGCCGACGCGGCCCGCCGCCCCGCCGCGAGGCCGCCGGGCAACGUGCGCCGCCAGGCGCCCGCCGUGCCCCUGCGGCCCGGCUCCGACACGGUGCGCGGGCAGACGCGCCACCCUUUCGGCUUCGGGCAGGUGCCCGACAACUGGCGCGAGGGCCCCGUGGGGGACAGCACCGGCUCGCAGCGCCUCCGGCCGCCCGCCGCCCGCCAGCGGCAGGCUUCCUCCUCCUCCUCCUCCUCCUCCUCCUCGGCGGCGGCGUCCUUCGCCUACUCGUCCUUUGGGCAGCCGCCCUACGUGCAGGUGCCCUUCCAGCAGCCGCCCUACGGCAGCCAGCACGAGGGCUACGAAGCGCCGCGCGCCUACGACGAGGCGUACGCCUACUACCGCGGCCCCGGCGGGGCGGCGGCGGCGGCGGCCAGCGCCAGCGUGGUCUACCCCUUCCAGCCCCGGGGCCGCUACGAGGAGUACGGCGAGGAGCAGAGCCCCUACCGAGCCCACGGCUACUACCCGGCCCAGGAGCGGCCCUACGUGCCGGCGGCGCCGCCGGACAGCCUCGACCGCCGCUACUCGCACAGCCUGUACCACGACGCCGGCGAGCAGGACGGCAACGCCGCCGCCGGCGUGCCGGCCAACGCCGCCGAGCCGCCGCCGGGCCAGCGCCCGCCCUACGGCAACGUGCCGGCCGAGCCGUACGCGCCGCAGCCGCCGUUCCGCCAGCUGGAGCCCUACGGGGCUCCUCGGCCCGAGCCCUUCCUGCCCGCGAGGAGCCCCGAGGUGCCGCAAGCGCUCCCCGACGGCCACGCCGCCGGCCAGCCCCGGCUCAGCGUGGGCAGCGUCUACAGGCCCAGCCCGAACGGACGGGGCCUCCCAGACUUGGUGCCAGAUCCAAACUAUGUCCAGGCCUCCACCUACGUCCAGAGAGCUCACCUGUACUCCCUGCGCUGCGCUGCGGAGGAGAAGUGCCUGGCCAGCACCGCCUACACCGCCGAGGCCACGGACUACGACGUGCGGGUGCUGCUGAGGUUCCCGCAGCGGGUGAAGAACCAGGGCACGGCGGACUUUCUGCCCAGCCGUCCCCGGCACAGCUGGGAGUGGCACAGCUGUCACCAGCACUACCACAGCAUGGAUGAGUUCAGUCACUACGACCUCCUGGAUGCCACCACGGGGAGGAAGGUGGCCGAGGGCCACAAGGCCAGCUUCUGCCUGGAGGACACCACCUGUGACUUUGGGAACCUAAAGCGCUAUGCCUGCACUUCACACACCCAGGGCUUGAGUCCAGGUUGCUACGACACCUACAACGCUGACAUCGACUGCCAGUGGAUCGAUAUAACAGAUGUGCAACCAGGGAAUUAUGUCCUAAAGGUCCAAGUGAACCCCAAAUAUAUCGUCCUGGAGUCUGACUUCACAAACAAUGUGGUGAGGUGCAAUAUUCACUAUACCGGCCGCUACGUUGCCACAACAAACUGCAAAAUUUCCCAAUCUUGAUCUGAGCAGGGCUGGAGGGAUGCCACCUGCCCCAGCCUCCCAAGCUCUGCUACCCUCUCGAGAAAGCAUGUGAGAUGUCCUCCUCUGCGACACAGGGGGCCGCAGGGCCCAUCGGCUGGUUCUCCAGCCUGCAGCUCCUCGAGACCAAAAAUAGAAACCACCAAAAAGCCAUUGCUUAGUGUCGAAACGAGUGAAAUGAGAGUGACUUCUAAAUAUUUUUAUACUUUACUUUUCUUUAAUCUUCAUUGUUUUUGUUUUCCAUUUCCUCAUGAAAGCCAAUGAUAAAUUUUAGUUGGAAUAAAGGAAGGGUUGUUAUUUGGCAAGCCAGGCCGGUAUGCUGUAGAUCACAUUUAGCAAUAGAAAGCUCUGUAGCCUAAACCAUGCCCUUCUGCAUUUCUUGGGGAAAGGGGGAAUGGGAGGUCUCUAGCAAUGCUGUAAACCCCAUACCACCUCCUCGAGGUAAAAAGCCAGCUGUGAUUUGGGGUACUUCACUGGCAGAGCUGCCAAAUCCCAGUUGUCUUCUGCUGGAGGCUGGGAAACUCCUGGGCCAUUCCAAGGUGCUUGGCCCAAACAGAGCGUCCGCUCUCGGCGUUUGCAACAUCACGAUGUUAUAGUUGUUAUCGUGCUUUCAGCGCAGCCAUGACCAAGACCUCAAUGGGCAGAUGCUUUCUGGAAAUGCCACAGAGCCAGCUCUCGUCCACAGAAGUCACCCCAAAGCAAGGUGCUGUCUCUGCUAGCCAGAGCUUUCCCCUUCUCGGAGCUGUCUCUGGCCUGCAGCGGUGCUAGUGUAGAUAAGAGCCAAAGCAGCCAGGCGAUUUAAUGUAUAUUCAGUCACCUGGGAAUCUGGUCGGCUUAACAGGGGCUUGCUCCUUCUGUUCUGUUUUUAAAAAUGGGGAAGGGCUUCCAGGCCCUUCACGUGACUGGAAAUCUGUUUUAUUAUUAUUAUUUUCACAAGCUUUAAAACCUGAAAUCAUUAAAACACAUUGCUUUUGACGGUUUGUUUUUUUACCUGAGGCAAAGCCUUUCCGGGCAGUGUCCUGAUCCCCCCGGUGCCAGCUCUGUGGGGAGUAAGGGCAUGAGAUACCAAAAUGCAACGAAAGCAAGGACCAAAGUGCCUAGCAAGGUCCUGCUGCCUUCCCAGCCUGGAGUAAGAGAAGCAGGGAGAGGGCUGAGAUGGGCAAGUACAUAACAGGAAAGGUGAACCUGGUGUUAGCACCCUUAGACCAUUGGCAGGGGCUUCCAGGCUUUGGCUUGCAAGGGAUGUGGUUCAGUCCUGGAAAGACCCACCCGUGAUCCAUGAUGGGUGUCCUGCUGCUUGCGGGUGACACAGCACCUUCUUCUUCCAUGAGCUGAUAACUGAAAUAAAAUCCUUUUCCCAUGGCGAUAA